UGAGUUACUGCACCCUGCUCCGUCCGUCGCACUAAUAUGACGCACUGUGCUACGACAUCAACACCCGACGCACAACCACAAGAAACCAACAGCAACAAUGCUUUUCUACUCGUUUUUCAAGUCGCUGGUGGGGAAGGAUGUGGUGGUGGAGCUCAAGAACGACCUGAGCAUCUGCGGGACGCUUCAUUCUGUCGACCAGUACCUGAACAUCAAGCUCACAGACAUCAGCGUCACUGAUCCAGAGAAAUAUCCACACAUGCUGUCUGUGAAAAACUGUUUCAUCCGUGGAUCUGUGGUCCGGUACGUUCAGCUACCUGCAGAUGAAGUGGACACUCAGCUCCUGCAAGACGCUGCGCGAAAAGAAGCAAUACAGCAGAAGCAGUGAUGGACGGGGGGUUUAGUCUGGGGUGGGCAGUGGGUGGCGGGGUGGGAAUUUUUUGUGAUGGUUAAUAAGUAGUUUUGAGUUAAAGAUGAUACAGUUUGUGCAGCUCUUGUAAUCGAGCAGUAUUGGUCAUUUUCCUGUGCUUUCACAGAGAGCUUAAUUGCAUUCCUGACAUUAGUGAUGAAUAAUUUUCCAAACGGUAAUUAUUGGAAAUGGCGUCACCUCACAGGCCGCACAGGAGGCUUCAUUUGAUACUGUAUUAUGUUUUGUUUUAAAAGAAAUAGACCUAAAUUCACGUUUGAGCCCAGUAGAGGUGAAGAUCUGUUGUAGUGUUUCUGUUGCAUAAUACAAGCACUGUCUUUUUCUUUAAAAAAAAAAAUUAUGACUUCUUUUUUUUUUUUUAAUGUCAUUUCAAAAUAAAAAACUAUUUUAUUUA